UAAAGCGGUCUGGCAACGCUGUCCAAAUCAGCUGCCGGUUUGUUAUUCAACCAAGUGGAGAUAUAGAAAUCCAUUAAAUAUGGAUUUCCUGACUAAAGUGUGGGCCAAAGAAGCGCCUACGUCAAUAGACACUGAAACGCCCACUACCAGAAAGGAAAAACAAUCAACUACCCCCGCCGCAGCAGCCGAUUCCCAGCAUGUUCAGGACUUACCGUCCAGCGACCAGCCGCCCAGCAAUGAGAGUAAGGAUUGGGGUUAUGAUCUGUAUCCGGAGCGACGCGGUGUAACCUUUAAGCCCAAGUGGACACGCAUUCUCUUCGGCCUGGAGGGCCAGGAGAGCAUUGACCGCUACAAGUGUGAACAGAAUGUCUAUUGGUGUGUAAAGAAUGGUCCCCUGGUCAAACUAAUGAUGGGUGCCCUGAAGAGCUCCGGGUGCCCCAUCGAUCUGCGUCGGCACAUCUCGUGUGAGGUAUGCGAUCCCUCGGUGACUGGUGGCUACGAUCCCAAGUUAAAUCAGAUUGUGGUCUGCCAGAAUAUGGCCAAGAACAAGAGCAUGGUGCACGGGGUGCUCACGCAUGAAAUGAUACACAUGUUCGACUACUGCAACAACGAUCUGGACUUUAAAAAUGUGGAUCACCUGGCGUGUACGGAGAUCCGUGCUGCCAACCUCGCGCAUUGCUCUUUUUUGAGUGCCAUGUUCCAGGGCGAUGCAUCGCCGUUUAACGUAAAAGAGGCGCAUCAGAACUGUGUCAAGACUAAGGCUCUGGCGUCUGUGCUGGCUGUGCGUAAUAUAAGCAAAGCAGAUGCUAUUGCGGCAGUGGAGCGAGUCUUUCCCAAGUGCUAUGCGGAUUUGGAGCCCAUUGGCAGAAGAAUCCGGCGCAAUUCCACGGACCAACAGAAGGCCUACAUGGAGGGACCCAUGUAUGGCUAUGACGUAUAUUGAAAUGGCUGCAAUAAAUCUGUUUGUUUUUUUAAUAAAACUAUGUUUUAAGCUUUAAA